UUCUUAGUAUCUGGUGGCGGGGAGGCGGGGCGAGGAUGCGAGUGCAGGAGUGAUGCAAGUGCUGCGGGAAUUGGCAGGUGGAGAACCGUGAUGAGAGAGCUGAAGUGAUCCGGAUCCUGUUUACCCAGUAAAAUCCGAACGUAUCUGGGCAAAAGGGCUCCGUUUUGCAACAAUCUCCAGCCACAAGCGGAGAGGGGAACCGUCUGUUUCGUGUCUGCGUGACCGAGACUGCCAUAUUUUAUCGGUGGGUCGACGGCUGAGUAAUUUUUUCUCUAACCUGAUAUUAUGCCGAGUGAGGAAGGGACGAUAUCAGGACACGCUUGGAACAAAGCAUUGGUUCUGAAAACAGUCGGCGACUGGGAAGCCAGCCAUGGUUGACCCUUCAGAGACAGAAGAGCAGGGGAAGAGGAAGGGCCCAGGGCUCGAGACGCCCAGCGCAGGCUCCGAGGCGCCCUGCAUGCCUGAGCAGAAUGGGGGUGGGGCGGGGACAGCGGAGGAGGGCGUGGAGAGCGGCGCGGUUCCGGAGCCCGAGCCCACGCCGGGGCCUGGGCCUGAGCCGCCCUCUCAGAGCAGGCCCCAGCAGCCGCAGCAGCAACAGCAGCAGCAGCAGCAGCAGAGCCGGGAGCGGGAGCAGUCCCCCAAGCUGCACCUCGACCUGUACAACUUCGACUCGCCAGACGCGGAGGGCAGCCGCUAUGUGCUGACCAGCCCGCGCUCCCUGGAGGCCUGCGCGCGCUGCGGGGUCAAGCCCGUGGAGCUGCUGCCCCGCCCACUCGCCGACUUCGCCCACGAAGCGCCGGGCCGCUCCAUGCGGGUAGCCACGGGGCUGUUCGAGGUGUACGAGAGGGACAGGCACACCAAGCUGAGGCAGUGCCGGGAGGAGAGAGAGAGGAUCAUCAGAGAGGAGAAGAGACGGAUCCUAAACUUAAGUGCCACUAGCGGCAGCAGCACCACAUCCUCAUGUCUAGUAGGAAGUUCCUCAGCUUCAGUCAGCACAACCGCUGGCCAAGCCUCUAACACUGUCCUAACUGCCUCUGCUCAGCCGUCUAAAACUGUCAUAACUGAUUCUGGUCCACCCUCUAAAAACAUCCCAACCGGCUCUGGUCAGCCCCCAAAAACUGUCCCGACUAGCUCAGUUCCACUUUCUAAAUCUGUCCUGACUGGUUCUGGCAAACCAACGAAAACCUUCCCCAUGGUCUCUGAAUCAGAGUCAAAAACUCUUCCCUCUAGUCAGCCCUCCUCUGCUGCUUCCUCAGUAAAAAGUGUGACCACCAAACAAGUCCCAUUAGGUCUGGGACCUGCUGCUGCAAGGGUUUCUAGUUCCACAGCAAAACCUGCCAAUACGUUUCCCAGGUCAUCAUCAAAGCCUGCUGCCUCUGUCACCAGAGCUCCCACCUCUCUGACACCGGCUGUGUCGAACACCUCAAUACCAGCCACCGUCACCAGCACAACUGCGAGGUCAGUUAACGGCCUUUCAUGCUCCCUGUUCGCUCACACCAAUGGCUACCCAGCCUCCCAGCCAAAAAAACGGGGGAAGAGUCACUCGCUGGAGUCUCUCCAGCGGAGACGGGAGGCGACGUGCUCCUCCACCACAACAACCACCACCACCACCCGUACCUCCUCGGAGUCGGGUGCCUCGUCCUCCUACAGCUGGGAAGGGUCCCGGGACCAGGAGCGCUGGGCCAAGGCCUCCAGCCCGCGGGCGCGCACCGUGGCCACCUUCAACUCCCUGAUGGGCCGCAGCCUGAGCCUGGGAGACCUCAGCCACUCGCCGCAGACCACUCAGAAGGUGGAGCGCAUCGUCAAGGAGGUGAAGCGGCGCGGGCUGAAGGCCGUGUCAGAGCGGGACCGCAAGAUCGCCGCCCUGAUGCUGGCCAAGCACCAGGAGGAGGACAUUAUGAGCCAGACGCGCUACGUGGCGCACCUGCAGUGGGACAGUGAGCGGCGGCUGGAGGAGCUGCGGCGGGAGCGGGAGGACCGCGAGAAGCAGCGCGCCGUGCAGCACUGCCAGCGGGCAUGGCACUCCCAGGUGUCCAGCCGCCAGCAGCGCCUCACCCAGCAGGAGCGGGAGGCGGCGGCCGCCAAGCUGCGGCAGGCGGCGGAGAGCGAGGAGAGGUGGCGGGAGCUGGCGGAGCAGCAGGAGCGCAGCCGGCAGGAGAGGCUGCGGCAGGCGGCGCGCGAGGAGAGGCAGAAGAAGCUGCUGCAGGAGCAGAACCUGCGGGCCCUGGAGGAGGAGCGGGUGGCCGUGCAGGAGCAGGAGCAGCUGCUGCUGCGGGAGAAGCUCUCCAUGGCCGAGCUGAAGAAGCAGGAGCGCGAGCACCAGGCCCAGGAGGAGCGGCGCGGGCUGAACCGCGCCGAGAAGAGGCGCCACGCCGCCCUGCUGCGGGAGAUCGCCCGGCGCGAGGCGGAGGAGCGCGAGACGGCCCGGCGGGCCAUCGAGGAGAAGCUGAGCCGCUCCUCCGAGAAGUACGAGCAGAUCGUGGAGCGGCGCGGGCAGGAGCUGCGGGAGAAGGCCAAGCGCGAGGAGCAGCAGAUACAGAAGGCGCGGCGGGCGGCGGAGCGGCGGGAACGGCAGCAGCAGGAGCAGCUGGAGGCGCGGGCGAGGGAGGCGGAGCGGCGGGCGCAGCAGGCCGCCCAGGUGGCGGAGGAGCGGGCGAAGGAGAAGGCGCUGAGGGCGGUGCAGAGCCGGCAGGAGAAGGAGAAGCUGCAGCGGCUGAACCGGCAGCGCGUGGAGGAGGAGGAGCACCAGCGCCGCAUGGAGCUGCUCCAGUCCAUCGAGAGGAAGCUGGAGAAGAGCGAGCAGAUCUUCCGGGAGAAGCGCGCCGUGCUGGAGAGCGCCCGCUCCGUGGCCCGCGCCUCCUUCCACGUGAGAGACCGCGUGCGCGAGGAAACCAACAUGCGCACCUUCGAUAAGAUGGCUCUGGAGGCCCAGCUGAAAGCCAGCCUGGACGAGAAGUAAGCCCCUCGGAACGCUAACUGUUCCCACGUCCCCCCUGUUGGGAAGCGGCCACGCCUGGGCUCCAUGUGGACCUCUCCCUCAUACCACAGCAGUUUCCAUGUCUUCUGUAGGAUUACAUUUCAUAUCCAGACUCUUUCACACGUGAUCGCCUCCAUCUUGAAUAAAGCUUAGAUUGCCAUUUUGUUAGUAUCUGGUAGAACUUGCUUUCAGCCUGACCAUGUCCAGCUGAAGCCGACAGAACAUUUCAGAAACGCGAACAGGGAAGGAACGUCCUGCUGUUGAGCUGUGUGUGCAUCCCUCAGAGGGGCUUCUGUUCUGGUGGAUAGUGCGCAGUCAUCAGGUUUGGCGCACAGAAGAUGAAUUAACUGUUGAUGAGGCAGAGCUGGCUCCCGGCCUUGGUUUUGUAUAUGCAGAAACGCUUCAGUGUCCCUUCAGCACAGUGAGCUCACCAUCACACCAAAGCAAGCCUGCCUGAAAUAGAAAAGAGGCAUUGUAAGCCAGGAAGCAGGGCUCCAUGACAACUGUAUUGGCUUUGGUUAAAGUUUUUUUUUUAAGUGGAAAAAAGUGAAUGGUUUAUAAGCCAAAGGACCUGAGGGGGCCAUCUGUGCACAAGGCUCUAAGCUGCAGUUAGAGGCAAGAGUUUUCCUCGUCUGUAACCAUCUAUGUCCACUCCAAAAAUACAGUAUGGAGACUGACGUCAGCAGAGUGCCAUCAGUAUAUCACUGCUGCUGAUGAAGUUCCAUUGCAGGAGUGCAUCACUAGUGACCAUCCAUUCCCUACAUGAAACGGGGUGUAGCAAGACCACGGAGAACCUGACAUGAUGAAGCCAGCUGUUCACUGAGCAACCCCAAUCUCAGCCUGGCUGCUUGGCUGGCUCAGUGUGCCACAGUACUUGGAAAAGGAGAAAAUUUCUGCCUCUGUACCCUGCACCCUCUACAGUCCACACCAUUAUUCCACCGCUAUGGUUCCAGAGCCAAACUGCUCAGUGACAGUAACUUAGCAUAACUGGCCCUGACUUGUAGUGACAUUUGUCCACUGUGGAAUGGAUUAAAGUAAAUGCUAUAGUAUUAAAAGUUUACAGUCUUCUCCAAGCACACCUGCUUUGCUGUGAAGGUUACACAUGAAAAAAAAAAAAAAUCAUCAUUCGGUCCCAUGUGUGAACAUGUCAUCCACAUUGAGAUCAUUGAGUCAUGUGUUUAUUCCCAGUUGAAGACUGAGUGGAAUGCAUCUGAUGUAGUGGCAUUGAGAUGUCUUACUUUAGCUGCUGAGAGUACCACUGGGCUGUAUAGUAUGGUCUGUCAUUUGCAUUAAUUCAAACAACGGAAUCAUUUUUAGAAGUUCAACCAUAUAAAUACAACGUGUAAU